UUUUAGUUAUAUAACAUAAAAAAUUUAAAAGUACCUUACACUAAUAGUGAUUAUUAGGAGGUAUGCCAAGUAACAAGCUAGAGGACUAUCAAGUCCUCUCGACCAUUGGUACUGGUGCGUAUGGUACAUGUCGGAAGAUUCAAAGAAAGUCAGAUGGCAAGAUUCGUGUUUGGAAAGAAUUAGAUUAUGGCACAAUGAGUGAUGCUGAAAAACAGUUGCUUGUUUCUGAAGUAAAUCUAUUGCGAGAGUUAAAACAUGAAAAUAUUGUUCGUUAUCAUGACCGUAUCAUUGAUAAAGUAUCAACAAAAAUAUACAUCAUAAUGGAAUAUUGUGAGGGUGGCGAUCUUGCCGCUCUCGUAUUAAAACAUAAAAAAGAAAGGAAGUAUAUUGAUGAACCAUUCAUUUGGAAGGUGCUGUACCAAUUAUCAUCUGCCUUAAAAGAAUGUCAUAAUUGUUCAAGGGCGGGCAAUACUGUCCUCCAUCGAGAUUUAAAACCUGCUAACGUGUUUCUAGACGGCAAUAAGAACUGCAAGUUAGGGGACUUUGGUUUGGCCCGAGUUUUACAUCACGAAACUAGCUUUGCUAAAACCUUCGUUGGAACACCUUACUAUAUGUCUCCAGAACUUGUCAACCGAUCUAGUUAUAAUGAAAAAUCAGAUAUUUGGUCACUUGGGUGUUUAAUAUACGAGUUAUGUGCUCUGUUACCACCGUUCUUAGCAGCCAACCAAAAGAUGUUAGCAUUAAAAAUACAGGAUGGUCAUUUUAAACCAAUUCCAUCUCAUUACUCGAAAGAUAUGCAAAGAAUAAUAGAACGGAUGCUGACUGUUGUAGAAUCUAGAAGGCCGUCAAUUCAAGACAUUUUAAACUCUCAACUAGUACAGAAAAAUAUGAAAAUGGGGAGAGAUAUGAAGAUAGCUGCUUCUUCAGAAACAUCCUCUGUAGUAUUACAAAGAAGGGAAGAAAGUUUAAAUCUGAGAGAACGUCGGCUGGAUGAACGGGAGAAGGAGCUGGAAAGACGCGAAAGACUUUUAGAAGAACGUGAACGACUUUCGAAUGAAAAAGUUACUCGCCCUGAACCAAGGUAUUAUACUGGACACAAGAGAACAACCCUGGAUCAAUUUCAAGACAAAGAGAACAUGUUUUUCCACAAAGAAAUUUCUAAGAAUGCUCUCUACGGAGAAGAUCGACACGAACGUGCGCUGCGAUUCCUUGAUCAGAACCACGCCCUUCCCCGUUAUGAGAGCCGGCUAAGGGGUGCUUAUGGAGGACUGAGGUGAUAAUGGUUAGGUUUUGCAAAAAAUUUCUGCAUCAAUGUAAAUUUUUGUUUUGAAAACUUUGAAUUUAUUUUGUUAUUAUUUGAGUUUUGGACAGUUGGUCAUGCAUGCAAAAACGCGAGUUGGAAGGGUUAGUAGUUUAGCUCUUUGCGACAUACAUUUUAGUAUUUAAGCUAACUCUAAUUCUACUAGCAGGUUUCGCUGAAAACUUAUUCUUUCAAUAAAAAUGCAUGCUUAGAGGAGACUACCCCUUUUAUUCUCCAAAAAAUUUAUGUUUCAUUUAUGUACAAAUUUUUAUGUCAAAAUUUUUGGUGUAUAAAGUCAAAUGUCUGCAUAGAAUGAAAAGUCGUAAAGCGCACGAUAAAAGUAUUUGGAAGAGAUGGAAUAAACGUAACAUUUUUUUAACGCUGUUUUUUUUUUCCAUCGAGCAAACAUUUUACACGUGGUGUAAGAAACCCAGCUCUAGGUCGAUUCCCAAAUGUAUAUGUUUUACAUUGUAUGUAUUAUAUUGAAAAAUUUGAUCGUGUUUGGAAUGAAUGUAAAGUAAUAAGUUUUUCAUUUUUUACUUCAUACAAUUUGCGAUGUUUACAAAACGUCCGAAUUUUGCAGAGAACGGAGGUAGUUUUUUCCUGAAAAAAGUUUUUUUCAAUAUUCAUUUUUCGUUCAAGUUUCUCUCUGCAUGCAUGUUUAAAUUAUUACACUGAAAAUGCUGAGAGAAAGAUUUAUUUCUUUAAACUAUCUGUAUCACUCAUUUUUUUUGUACAGUUACGACUGAAAAUUGUAAAUAUAUUUUAUUUCGUUUAUAAGAAAAGAUUUAACUUCAAGUCA